AUGGGAUUCAGGAUAUCUAACUUCACGGGAGAUCCCUUUGCCGUGUCCACUAUUUCAUUUGGCUUUGUUGCUUGGAUAGUUUCACUUGGAGGUGCAGCUGCCUCCGAUCAGUCAAAUUUUCCUCAUUUCUCAUGGUGGGGCAUAGCUUAUCAAAUUGUCAUUAUUUUCAUCAUAUUGUUGCUUUACCUCAACAAUAACAUCGAACUUUACAAAUUCACGUUGGUGGGUUUAGUCAGUAUCGCAUUCAUUUACACCACAAACUCUACAAACAAUUUGAUCUACAAUUCAACUUCUUCGGGUAAUUUAUGUUGUGCUGCUGGAUGCAUCUUGCUGAGUAUCUUGAACUUGAUUUGGAUUAUGUACUUUGGCGGACAUCCGGAAUCACCCACUAAUCAAUUUAUCGACAGCUUUAGCUACAGAAGUCAUUCUCAUGAGCAAUUGGGCAGGUCGCCAGCUCUUAAAGACUCAUACGAGGAUGAUGUUGGACAUACACAAGAAUUCAAGAGAUUUGGCUCUAGUACUCAAUUGCCCUUGACCACUACAUCGAGGCGUGCGUCGAAUCCUGCAUCUUCUUCUCACAACAUGUUGCAUGAGACUAGAGGAUUAUCUUUUGAACCAGCCGGUAGUACAUUGCGCAACAAUAGUCAAACUAUGAGCUCGGGUGUUGCUGCUGCUACGACUCCAAAUCAAGUGGGCACUUACAAUUCCAGUAAUGGAACUCGUGAUUUACUUGGAUCUAAACCAUCGCCCGUUUUCAACGAUUCUUCUAAUGGAACUGGAACUACCGCAGGUACAAAUACAAAUUCAGGAACAGGAACAGGAACGGGAACCGGUACGGGAAUCACAUUCAGAUACAAGGCCAAGGCAUUGUAUAGUUAUGAUGCGAACCCUGAUGACAUUAACGAAAUCAGUUUUGUUAAAGAUGAGAUAUUGGAGGUUGACGAUAUAGAUGGUAAAUGGUGGCAGGCUAGAAGAGUUAAUGGACAAGUGGGUAUCUGUCCAUCAAACUACGUCAAAUUGAUCAACAAUUGA